CAACUGAAAAUGGCUUCUACAUAUCCACAACAACAGGAAGAAUUGGAAGAGACGGGUAGAUUAUUACCCAUUCGGUCUCCCGAUUCUGAAGAAGAAGAAAACGGUGAAGGAGAGACAGCUUUCGAUUCCAGUGAGAAGGUUGUGGUGGUGGGUGUCGACGAGAGUGAGAACAUCCAUAACAAGGAUUUCUCCACAGUUCCACCCUUUUCAUGGAAGAAAUUAUGGUUAUUUACAGGUCCAGGGUUCCUCAUGAGCAUUGCUUUCCUCGAUCCUGGAAACCUCGAAGCAGAUCUCCAGUCGGGAGCCAUCGCUGGAUACUCUCUGUUGUGGCUAUUAAUGUGGGCCACUAUUAUGGGACUCUUGAUUCAGAUGUUGUCAGCCAGGCUUGGUGUCGCCACGGGUCGGCACUUGGCGGAGCUCUGUAGGGAGGAGUACCCAUCAUGGGCGGGCUACCUUUUGUGGAUUAUGACUGAGCUGGCCUUGAUUGGGGCUGAUAUUCAGGAGGUUAUUGGCAGCGCUAUUGCCAUCAAGAUUCUCAGCAAUGGAAUUCUGCCGCUCUGGGCCGGGGUUCUCAUCACAGCAUGUGAUUGUUUCAUCUUUUUAUUUCUUGAGAAUUAUGGAGUGAGGAAAUUGGAAGCCGUUUUUGCAGUUCUUAUAGGAACAAUGGCAAUUUCAUUUGCCUGGAUGUUUGGCGACACCAAACCCAGUGGAAAGGAACUUCUAAUAGGUGUUGUGGUUCCAAAAUUGAGCUCAAAAACAAUACGUCAAGCUGUUAGUGUUGUAGGUUGUGUAAUUAUGCCUCACAAUGUGUACUUGCAUUCUGCUCUUGUACAGUCAAGGAAGGUUGAGAUCCACAAGAGAGGCCGGGUCCAAGAAGCCCUUAAUUACUACACCAUUGAGUCCACCGCCGCCUUGGCCAUCUCCUUCAUGAUCAACCUCUUUGUCACAACUGUUUUUGCAAAGGGAUUUUAUGGUACAGAUAAAGCUGAUAGCAUAGGCCUCGGAAAUGCGGGUCAGUAUCUUCAAGAGAAGUACGGGGGAGGAAGAUUCCCAAUUCUCUACAUCUGGGGUAUUGGGUUAUUAGCGGCAGGGCAGAGUAGCACCAUCACUGGGACUUAUGCAGGUCAGUUUAUCAUGGGGGGUUUCCUCAAUCUCCGUUUGAAGAAAUGGUUGCGGUCCUUGAUCACAAGAAGCUUUGCUAUCGUCCCGACUAUAAUUGUUGCCCUUGUGUUCGACUCAUCUGAAGCUACAUUAGAUGUCCUAAAUGAAUGGCUUAAUGUCCUUCAAUCGGUUCAGAUCCCAUUUGCCCUUAUUCCUCUUCUUUGCUUGGUCUCCAAGGAGGAGCUAAUGGGUACCUUCAAGAUCGGUCGAAUUCUCAAGACUUUAGCGUGGCUUGUGGCUGCCUUGAUAAUACUUAUCAACGGGUAUCUCCUAUUGGAUUUCUUCUCAGUUGAAGUGAAUGGACUAUUAUUUGGCUCUGUUGUCUGUGCUGCAACAGCAGCAUAUGUGGCGUUCAUCGUUUAUCUUAUUUCACGAGGCAGCAUCCUAUCCACUUGGUUCAGUCAUGUAUGCCCUAAGAGUUUAAUGGCCAGUGGGAACUGAGAAUUAAUUUUCCACGUUGAAGUU